CGUAGCUUGGACAGAACGUAAACAACAACGUCAACAAGUACAGUUAAUUAGAAAAGAAAACAACGUAAGCAGAUUACAAAGUGUGCAAGAGACUAAACGAGUAGAAAAAUUAAAGAGCAGGCCAAUCGUGCCAGGCUAAAACUCACUAGUUGAAAAGGUUAUUCAACCCAAGCAGAUGCCACAAAAGCUAUCAAAAUGAGCAGUCUACGCAUUUGCAAAGCCAUGUCGCUGCACCCCGCUGCUAAUAUCAGAAGUCUUAAAGAAGAAGCAGAGGAUGAGGAGGAGGAGGAGGAAGAACAACAGCCAAGCAGCAGCAGCACAUCAAAGCGCAUUUGCCUCAUGGGCUGUGAGGCAAGCGCUGAGGAGUUGCGUCGCUUUCCCAUACACGAUAUCAAUCGCUGCAACUAUUGGCUGCAACAUUUUGGCGUAAGCGAGCAACGUGUGCAGCAACUGGGCGGUGUAAAAAAGCUGCGCAUCUGCUUCAGGCAUUUUAGCCAGCGCAAGGAAAUGGCCAAGACGCGUUUCAAGACCACACCACUGCGUGCAGCCAAGGUCAACAUAGCAACAACCACAACACCAGGCGCAGCAGCAGCAGCAACAACAACAGCAACAGUUGCAGCCACAAUCAAGCCCAUGGCAGACAGCACCACCACCAUAGAGUUGGUUGAGAGCUCCACGGGCCAGCAGCUGGGCAAGCGCGAAAAGUUGCUAACGAGCUUAGCGCCAGUGCCACAACGUUCCCACUCAAUUUGCUCCUCUGGCUCAUCGAGCGAUGUGCAGUCCAUUAGCUCGGACUAUGAGGCAAGCUUGCCACUGGCCACGUUGGUGGAUGGCCACAACAACGCCAGCAAUGGUCUGGCCAAGAAGCGCAAACUAUAUUUAAUAACCGAAAAAUCGGAUGAGAAACAGACUGCACAAAAGAAACGCAAAAUGAUUGUUGUGGUCGAGCAGGAGCAGGACAAGGUGGCCACCAAGAAGCUGAUGAUUGUGACAGACAAGCCGCAGGCGAAUCUAACGCAGCAUUUGGAGAAGUUUCUGCCCGAGCUGCUUAGCUGCAUACAGGACAAGGAACUGGCCAAGGCCAAACAAGAGUCCAAGCAAAUUCCGCCUAAGCCCACACCCACGCCCACUGCGCUGCAGAAAACGCCCAUAACGCUGCCGCCCAAGAAGAAUCCCACAAACUUUAUCAAACUGGAGCAGAGCACGAACUUUACGCUCCCCGCCAGCGUAUCGGUUAUGCCCGUGGAGCAGCAGCACCAACUUGGCGGCGUCAAGGAGUCAGUGACGCCCCCCACACUGGAGACUGAGACCAACAUUAAUUUGUCGCCUGAUUUUCGCUUUCUCAUGAAGAUACUGCCCAAGCUGGAGCAGCUGCCCGAGCCGCACAAGCAGAACGUCAAGCGUUCCAUACAAAUAUUCGUGGAGAAGAGCUACAGCAUUUAUGGCAAUAAGGACUAAACAUUAACAAACACACACAAACAUUUCAAAUUCGUUGUUUAAGACUGAGAACACAAAAACGCAUACAAAACAAAUAUUUUUGUAGUAAACACCGCUGAGCUGGUGCCAAGAACAAUUUAAACUUACAAUUUAGCUAUGUAAGACAAAAUUUGAUAAAAGUUGAUCUUUGAGUCUCACUUUUAUAUAUAUUUUGUAGCCAUAAAUGCAUUGCAAACUGAAAUGGAAUUAUUAUAAGCACUGAAUACAUGAGCUGCUAAGCCAA